CAUUACUACACAAUACAUGAGAGGACAAUCUACCAAAUCAGUCGGUGCUACUGUAGCUUCGAGAGAAGGAGCACCUGAGAGUGAAGAACAGAGAUUUAAACAGAAAUGCAAAGAGUUAAAGAAGAGGAUAAAUGAGGUGGAAGAAAGUAAUGAGAUUGCCACACUUGCAUUAAGCAGAACUAAGACAGCUAUUCGUCGUUUGCGUCUUGAAUAUGCCAUUUUGUUGGAAAGGUUAGAGGAACGUGCCAUAGUACCUGCUUUUGACGGAGAAGAUAUGCAAUUUCCUCCUACCCCCAUUGUACUUGAUGAGUCAUUAACUAACAACUCCAAGCUGGUGAAGGGGGGAGCAGCGAAGAAAAAUGGAAGAAAAAUUGGUGGACGAUCAGGAUCCACAUUAUCAGGAUCUAAUGCUACAACAGGAAAAACUGGUAAAAUUCGUGAUCCUGAUUUACCGAAAAGACCUACAAAUGCUUAUUUAAUCUUCUGUGAGAUGGAAAAGGAUAGAAUAAGACAAGAGUUGGAAGCAAAAAAUCCUGGCGUGGUGAAUGACUUAUCGAGAACUUUAACUGAAGCUUGGAAAAACUUGGAUGAUGAACUGAGAAAACCGUACUAUAAACUUUAUGAAGAUGACAAGGAUAGAUACCAGAGAGAGAUGGCUGUGUAUAAUCUGAAAAAGGAUGACGAGACUGAAUCUGCAUUGAAACUGCCUGCCAAGAAGCAGAAACUCGAGAGUCCAAAGGAAAUGGAAACUGAUACAGUUAUUCAACAACAAUUGAACUCUGAUAUAGAUACACCAGCAAGUGAAUUGAACGAAAUUGAAGAAAAUGUUACUGAACUGGUUGAAAAAUCAGAUAAAGAAGCUGCUUCGCAUAAUGAAAGAGACGGUCAGGAACUGGAACCUAUAUAACUUGAUGCGGACAGACUAUUUAACCAAUAUAAAUAUACGGGAAUACACAGUACUUUAAGUUUUUUAAUAUUGCAC